UGAAAUCAUUUCAAAAGUGUUUACAACGGUCAUUGAUGAUAUUUGUACACUAUUUUCAGUAUUUAUUCUCUCAAAUUGUGUGUGCAAAUCAUCUGAAAGGGAUUGAAGUUUAAUUUACAAAAUGUACAUAAAAUCGAUUGUGCUGGACGGUUUCAAAUCUUACGGCCAACGUACCGAAAUACACGGAUUUGAUCGAGAGUUCAAUGCGAUCACUGGCUUAAACGGUACUGGUAAAUCCAACAUUUUAGAUUCGAUAUGCUUUGUACUGGGCAUUUCAAACUUAAGUCAGGUGAGAGCGGGAAACCUACAAGAUUUAAUUUAUCGAUCUGGCCAAGCCGGAGUGACAAAAGCGACAGUAUCGAUAACGUUCGACAACCGUAACUCGCAACAAAGUCCGCCCGGUUUUGAGGAUUAUGAGGAGAUAACGAUCAGUCGACAGGUGGCUAUGGGUGGCAAGAAUAAAUAUUUGUUAAACGGAUCUGUGGUGCAAAACAAACGAAUACAAGACUUGUUCUGUUCCGUACAGUUAAACGUUAAUAACCCCCAUUUUUUGAUCAUGCAGGGACGUAUUACGAAAGUACUGAACAUGAAACCACCUGAGGUAAGUUUCUAUUACGCGUAAGAGAGAGCACUACAU